UUUUCGGUAGGAAAGUUCACGCCCACCAUCGACAUUAAGUUGUUCCAUUCCUCCACCGGCCAUGUCAACGAAUUUUUAAUGCGUGAGACAGCCAAGCAGCAGGGCGUACGAUUGGUGAGGGAGAUGCAGCCAUGUGUGGGCUGCGCGGAAGCGGAGGGCAGGCGGGCCCCGGUGCCGCGGCGUGGCACCCGCGCGGCGGUACCGUUCGGCGAAGUUCACAUCGACCUCACGGGCCCGUUCUCUAAAUCGUUGGACGGCUCCUGGUACCUGAUCAUGUUCGUGGACAGCGCGUUGCGGUGGCAACGGGGGCACGGUAUGCGGGCCAAGAGCGACACCCUGAAGUACGUGCAGCGCUUCCUCAUCAUGAAUGGCAUGGGCACUCCGGGGUGUUUCCGCAUGGACAACAGCGGCGAGUUUAUUCGCUCCGCGUUCACCUCGUUCUGCGACGCUGCUGGCACUCGGCGCGAGUACACCGCCCCCGACACCCCCAAGCAAAACGCGGUGGUCGAGAGCGCCAUAUGACGCGCCAUGAAGGGGGGCCACGCCGCGCGCCGCCACAUCCUCGCCAUGGGCCACGCCGACCUCUCCUCCAUCCCCAACGCCAGCGUCAACGGACAUCGCCUGUGGCUCGCGUCGGCGCUGUGGGCAUCCGCCUGCUUCAACCGCUCCGCGACGAAGGCCAACCUGGGCUGGAUGUCGCUGUUCGAGGCAUUCGGCGGCCGGAAGCCGCCCCUCACCAUCGUCCCUUUUCUCCAGGAGGGGAUAAUGCGCGUGAAGCGGGCCACCAAGGCGGACGUCCAGUCUGCGCGGUGCUUCUACCUGCACGGCGCCAACAACCACUCGACUUCUACCACCGUCUUUCUUCGCGCUGACACCGGGUGCCUCGCCCUCAUGAACAACGUCGUGUGGGUCGACCGCAAGGCAGGAGCGCCGGCGCCGGUGCCGGGCAUCGGGGGGGGUUCUUCAGUCACCG